AGCCAUGUAAACGUCGAAUGAACUAAAUAAUCUCAAGAAACGAAAAUUAAGAAACGAUAGUUACUAAGUUCAGAUUUACAAGAUUUUUGCAAGAAUGUAAAAUAGUCCAGUAGGCUUCAAAUCCAAAUGAAACACGCACAGUUUAACGUUAUGUUGUUGCUCCAAGUUUUCGUGUUUGCCUUUCUGGAUUCCUGUUCAUCUUAUUCUUCUCUUCAUGAGUGCUAUGGUGGCACUUACACAUUCACACCGCAAUCUACUUCUUCCAUAUAUUAUAAGCCAAAGACAACAAAUGACAGGACACUUGUUGUUAUCAAAGGAAAGUCAGUAAAUACACGGUUUGAAGUUUCUUUCUGGAAUACUAUAAAAAUGAAAGAUCUGACCGAAGAAGAUGAUGGCGCUAUCGUCUUCUUUGACCAGCACAACAGUGUGCAACUGAAAAUUAUGGAUUGUCAGGACCCUGCAUCAAAAAAAUAUGGAGAAGUGUUUUCUUUGAGGAUCCCUUCUUCCGCUGAGUACUUGGAGUUUGCUCAGGUCAUACCUCUAGAUUUUGCACUAAAAUCAGUAAUCAUUUGGAAUCGCACUGACUCCUCACCUACCAAAGGAAAAAUAAAUCGGAAUUAUUUUGAAAUAUAUGGUAUUAACCAGCAAGACAGCGGUUACUACAAAUUUAGAGGGUCUAAGAAUGAACUGGUCAAAUGGAAAAGAUUAAAAGUUGAAGCGAGUCAUGAAUAUUUUGAAGUCAUGGAGGGACAAUACUUCCACACGCAGUUUCCUGUUGAGUUUUCAUUUUCCCAUUUUUUAUUUAGUUCGCUGUCCGUAAAUAAGGAGGUCACAAGCGAAUACAUGGAUCCCAGAAUGGAAGUCACAAAGUCAUACUUUAGUAUUUUUGAUGUAAAAAGUCAGGACGCAGGUACAUACAAAUUUAUAGAUACUGAGGGAAACAAUCCAGUGAACAUGCAGUUACAUGUAACCGAAGCAGUCCCAACUUGGGCAUAUAUUGUAAUUGUUGCUGUCAUAGUCCUUGUUAUUUUCAUAUGUUGUUGUUGCAUAAAAAAGUGCUGCUGUAAGAAAAGUAAAAGAAACAGCACUGAUUCUACAGCGACCGCAGCACCUACUGUGCAUUUCCAUGAUUCAAAUCAACCUGCUCCAUCUGGAGUCCCUCUCCUCCCCAGAGAGCCGAGACACUUUAUUGCAGAUGCAACUAUUAAUAAUACAGCUGACAAUAACAUGGACCCACCACCAUCUACUCAGGCCACAGUUUCAGGAGACACAGGACCCACAUCUUUGUUUAUGACCAGCACCGACUCUGAACCAAAGUUUGAACUGAAAGGAUCGGUCUUCCCCUCUGCUCCCCCACUCAGCUCAGACAUGUGUAUUCAAGAUGUUUAUACCUCAGAUAAACUCAACUUUUGAUCUAUGAAAGUUAUGAAUUCAACAAAGCAGCUCCUGUCCAGUCUUUUGGCACAUGCAAACUACUCUCAUCAGGACACAAGUCAUUAUAUAAUGCCAUAAGGGGUAAAAUUUAGUAGUAGUAGGAGGAAUUUUAUUGUAAUAUCUACCUCUGCUAGAACAAUAUGAUACUUCUUGACAAUUAAAUGUAUUUUAAGUCAGUUUUCUUUUUACAUAGUUUUUAUAUAGACCUAUCACACUGUCAUGGAUAUUGUUACAUUUCUCUAUUGUAUUAUCGGAGAUUGAGUUAAGGCAAAGAUCUGUUAUACUAUACAUGUACUUUGUAUGACUGCUAUGACAAUAACAUUAAAAAUAAGUUAGAACAAAAUAAGUUCAACAUUUACAUAUUUAUAAUGAAUAUCUGAAUAUAAAAAAUAAGGAAAUGUAUGAUGCACCCCCCCUCCUCUCCUCAUGCCUACUAUGUCUAUUUUCUU